AUGAUGCUUGUAGCUUUUCUGAGGAUACUCCUCUUAGCAAUAGGACUGGAGGGGGAUGGAGUUACGGCGAGGCCUGACCACGAUCCAUCGGCCAUCAUCGUCGGCGCCGGCAUUUCCGGUUAAAAAUCUGAUCUUUGAACGGGAUCAUUGGUUUCAGUGUUACGCCGGUAUCUCUUGAAAUGGUUUGAACCACCAACGAAGUGCACUGUCUGCGCAGGUAUCUCAGCUGCGAAGGCGCUUCGGAUGCCGGGAUUGAGAAGAUUCUGAUCCUCGAGGCGACGGAUCGCAUCGGGGGUCGGAUACAAAAGGUCAACUUUGGCGGCCACAACGUUGAGGUCGGUGCCCACUGGGUCGAUGGGGUCAACGGCAAAGACCCUGUAUGGACCUUUGUCAACAAGCUCAACCUUAGAGCAUUCAUCCCCGAGUUCAACAAAAUCUCAUCUUCAGUAUACCAACAAGAGUAUUUAACCCUACAGCGUGUUCCCACUUCUUCUUGGUCUUCUUUCACUGUCCUUUCAUUCGCACACUCUUCACUCGCAGGAGUGGAGAGUAUGAUGCCUCCGUUGUUCAGGAGGCCUUGGACAGGGCGGAGAAGGUCUCCGAGGCCGCGAAGGAGUUUUCCAAGACCUUCUCACCAAGCGGAGACGAAGAUAUGUCUGUCUUACUUUUCCAGCGUCUCCAGAAACAGUGAGCGUACGGAACUUGUUCAGUGUGAUUUUAAAUUCGAUCUCCUCUUCUUCUUCUUGACCAACAUCUACUCUUCGGCAUGUUCAGUGCCCCCUCUACACCAUUAGAUAUGGUGAUGGACUAUUACAAUCAUAACGCCGACUACGACACGCCACCGCGGGUGACGAGGCUUCAGGGAGCAGAACCACUUCCAACGUAUGUCAACUACGGGCAACUUGGUGGUGGAUCCGCAAGGCUACGAGACCGUGGUCCACGACUUGGCCCGCCAGUUCCUCUCCGGCGACGGGGAGGGUCAACAUCACAGAUCUUCACCUCAAGUUUAACAAGGUGAGUUUGAUUAUGGCUCGUGCUCGUGGGAGGCUCUCUGUCCCCCCCCCUCCUUCCUCCCUUCCUCCUCUCACCAAGCCUUAUGAAAAAUCCACUCAGCAAAGUAGGUUCAAGAAUUACAAUUGCCUUAGUGCAUCGACCGUUGACCCUUCAGUUCGUUAUGACCUCGUUAUCAAUGGCAAAAGUACAGUCCUUUCAAGUAGCAUGUUAACAUGCUCUCGCUGUAAAUAUACCAUGCGAGUAGUCGCACUAAAUUAAAAUUUUAGUAAAGAUUUUGCUGUAGACACUCUAUUUUUCCACUUAUUAAUGCAUAUUUGAUAGUUGGUGUUCAACCUCGAUCUUGUUUGACAAGGUUUAAAAUGUAAACAUAUGCCUUCAAUUCUAGCAGCUCAAAAAACUAAAACAAUAAUAAAUUCCACAAGUAUUAGAAAUAUAUCGAUUGUCCUUCUUGCGACAAUAGUAUAAAAUUUCAUUGCAAUUUCCUAGUUCUUUCACUCACAGUCAAUCAGUUACAUAUCAACGAUCCUUCUCUCCCUUUCCACCCGUCUUUGAUGAGGGUCCCCACGCAGAACUUCCUUCCUCUGGACACAGUACGGGAUCUUCUACAUCUCUGGACCAGGUUAUCCUGGUCGCAGUGUCUUCCUAUGUUCAACGAGAACAGACCAAAGCCCACGGACAUACUCGUCCCGAGGUGGUGGUCUAGCCGGUUCUACAGGGGAACCUACUCGAAUUGGCCGAUUGGCGUUAACCGAUUUUUAUGUGAAUGAUGGCUGA